AUGGAACAUGUGCAUGUCAACUUCGCAAGCAAAGGCGCUUUUCGUGUUCAGGGAAUGGAUGAGCCGGGAUGCAACUGUCCAGACCUACCGAAACAGCCGCUACUCGUCUGCAAACCUCCCCAAAAAGAGAUCGAAGAGUUACUCUAUGGCGAGAAUAGAGUCAUCAUCCGUACGCAUCGGCAAGCUGAGGACUUUGAGGUCUUUAGGAAUCUUCCAAGUGGUGGUGUCCGCGUGAUGCGCCUUCUCUUGGUCCGUCUAACUAGUUGGCCAUGUGUUCGCGGUCAUAGCUGGGAGAUCUAUCUUGCAUUGUCUGCUCGCCUGACACCUACUCAAGCCACGUCUCAUCGAGUGAUCCAGAGUUUUCAUCUGGAGACAACCUAUCCGAGAGCAUUAUUUGAGCAAUGGAUCGCAAUCUGCCAGCGGCUACCUGACGAAGCGGUUUCUGAAACUCUUCACUCGCAAUUGAUCUGCGACGUCCAAGAUUUGGCAACUGCUUGA